AUGCCUUUCCGGUUAUUUCAACCGGAAAUAACCCAAUCCAGAUUCUCCGGUUCCCUGAAUUGGCAACACUGGAGGUUCUUAAGGAGCAAUUUGGAUUAUUCCGGAGAGCCCUUCUUCUUCCCUCCUUCAGGUGAGAGCAUCCUCACCCAACCAGCAAAAGGACCUGGCCCUUUUCUUCUCUCCCGGAAACCUAAGGAUCUUCUCCGAGCAUCCCAGAGAUCCAGAAAGAGGCUGUCGGAGCCACAGAGCUACACUUCGAAGCUCAGCCCUAUGAGCCAAACCCAAAAGGACCACGUUGCUCAAGUUGAGUACUGCCUCAGCCAACACCCCUUAGCCCUCUACCCAAACUUUGAAGAAAGCAUUCCUGCGGAGCUUUUCAAGGAAGUCAUGGGAAUCCUCGACCCAGAGGUGCUUCCUACUGACCAAGAACCUGAUGCCAACCUUGGGGGAGAACCCCGUGCCCUGUGCAAGGAUCCAGAAAACAAAACUCCUUACAACUGGUUCUCCCCCACAAAAGUGGCCGCCAGAGAAUUGAAAGCCAGGCUGAACUACGUCCCUCCCCUCGACGAGAAUAUCAAGCGAGCCACCGAAGAACUUUGCGACGGAUUCAAUUCUCUAGGAGGGGAGAAAUACGACGUCGAUGAAGAGACCGUUCUACGCAUGUUUGAUGCGGGUUACGAGACGACCCUCCCAAUGUUUCGCCCGCUGCGUGUCGAGAGACUCCGUGAUCUGCCAAUGGACCUAAAGAAACACUUUGGGAUACAAUCUUCUCAAAUUACUGGAAAGGAACCUGAUGAGGGUAUUCGGUCUUCUAAGGGCCCCUGCCAAUCCAGAUGGGAGAGGAAGAUCAGAUACGGCGCUUGGUACCUGGACCCGAAGACCUGGAGAAAACAGAAGGUGAACGAACCUUUAGAAGACCCAAAAGAGAGCAGCCUCAAGAACUCCAGAAGGCUCUUAAGCGAAGAGGAAGCCAAGCUCAUACAGCUUCAUGGGACUCACGCUUUCCAGGAAUUCCUUCUAAAAAAAGGUUAUCGGAUACCAGAGUUUUUGCAGCAGAUGCUGGAGGAACAAAAUGACGCCGAGCCAAAAUUGGGAGCUUUGAAGAACCCCAAGGAUGAUGAACCCCAGAAUUGCGAGGAGGUGCGAGAAGACGAUUCCUCAGUAGUGGGAAACAAAUACCGAGGCCAGAGAAUCCAAUGAUCAAGAGAACGGAAGCCGACUAUAGCUCUGUCUAUGAUAUUAUUUUGUUGGAAGGAAAUAUCCUUCUGGGUUUGGCUCCA